GGCAGUUGCCAAGUGCAUGAGUGAAAUGAAUCUUAUACUUCUACUUAUUUGUUCUACUUGUGUAUGGCCACUCCUCAGUGUGUUCCAUGAAAAAGGCGCAUAUCCGCAAGAAUCUUGAAAACAGUAAUUUAUAAUAAUGAUAAUAAUAAUUAUGGAUUAUCUUUUCGUACAUGAAAAAGUGAGUUGUUUGUUGUGAUAAGAGGCACAUUCACAGUUGCAGUGGGUUGAGUGAAAGAUAAGAAAACAACGUAAUGUGAGGAAUAUCAACGAAAAGAGAACUACAGAAUAAAGGGAAGUGACUGACGUUAACAGCGCAUGAGUAAGUUUGGCAUGAUUCAAUGGCGAUUUCAAGUUACACUGCAGGUUCAUGCUCCGUAGCAAGACAUGGUCUUCCCACAGAGCGGGUUCUGGAAAAUGAAGAGACCCGUAUUCACCACCGUUUAUUUCAAAUUGCUUUGGUGCCAUCCCAGAAACCUCUUAAGUAUAUUGUGACACAAAUGGUAAGAGGGAAAAAUCCAAAUGAAAAUCUCAUUGACUACUUUGGCAAAAUUAAUCCUAAAAAUGUAAAAUUUUGUAAGACUCAAAAGGAAACUAUUUUAUCUGACCCUUCAUGUCAUUCUUAUGACAUCACCCUCUGUUUCAAAAUAAUACAAGAAUACUGUGACAAAGUAAAAGUAAAAAAUGAUCUAGUUUGGACAACUCCAGGUGACACUUUGGAGUAUUAUAUUACAGAAAUUAAGAAUAAGAGAAAUGACUUUAUUCACAAAGUUUACAGAGGUGACAUGGCAAAGUUCGAGCAGAUCGUUCGUGAAAUGAAAUGUCUCCUCAGAAAGACAUGGGAAAAAAUUGCUCAAACAUUUGCAACUGACACUUCAAUGGAUAUCCUGGCAAUGGAAGCAGAUAUCAAAAAGAUUAAAGAGGCGCCUUUUGAAGACAUUCGGGUUUACUUCAGUGAACUGCAAGCCACAAUGAUCACUCAUGGUGUUGCAAGCAUGAAAGAGAAUUAUGUGAAUAAUCUUUCUUAUGUUCCAGAUGUACAUUUGCUUAAUAAAAACUUAGGGGCUCGUAGUCAGAUCAAGGUCCUGAAAGUUUUCACAGAAAUGCAGAUAGUAUAUGAAGAGGAAAGGAAGAAUAUAACCAUGGAUGAAUGGUUCAUCGAACUAGAGAAAAUACAUGACAAGCAAAGUAAACAGAGUCGAUUCCUGCUCGUGGAAGGAGUAGCUGGUGUUGGGAAAACAACUCUCAUUAGGAAACUAGUUCUUGACUGGGCCUCUGGGAGCAGCACGAUUAUCGAUCUGGGCGAUUUUGAACUACUAAUAUAUAUGCAGUUUAGAGAGAAGCAUAUUAAUUCCAUGUCCCUCCUGUGUAGUUCUGUUCUUCCAUUCAUGCGGGGAAAGGUGGACCCCGAAUAUCUAAUGAUGUUAACUGAAGGUAGUAAUAUCAUAUUCGUAUGUGAUGGUCUUGAUGAAAACAACCCUCAGUCAAUCCAAUUGUUUAAAGAGAUUCUUGAUUAUGGAACAAAAAUUCCACUGACUGUAGUGUGUACCACACGCCCAAACGAAAUUGAGAAUCUGCUGCUCAUGUUACCUGCUGAGUUUUCUUACCUACGCCUUCAGGUAUUAGGAAUUCAUGAAACAAAUAGGCCCGCUUUCAUAAAAAGGUAUUUGGAAGCCCAAAAGCCAGAUAUAGAUCCUCAAUCUUUGCUUGAUUACCUGAACAGAAUAUCAACUCGUAUGCAGGAACAUUUAAGAUUUCCUUUUAAUCUUAUGUGCCUUGUAAUGCUUUGGAUCUUUAAUCCAGAAAUGAUCAACAGCUUGACGACCGCAACAGAGUUGUUCAUGGUAACACAUAUUGAAACAGAAAAAAAAAUAAAGACCAGGCAACUUGAAAAGGGUGCAGAGUUGAGUGAAAUAUCCGAAAACAUAGAUGGCAUUAUGAAUACACUAUAUGACAUAGCUCUCAUUCAUCAUGGAUCAGGUGACAUUAUUCUGACAGAGGAUUCACUGCAGUCACUAAAGAACGAGUGUUCUUGGCUAAAACUCGCUUGGGGGGAAAUAAGUAGUACAUUUUUUACUCAACAUAUUUCCUGGUUAGAUAAUACAGAAUCUUCAUACAGCUUUCCACACAAUGGCCUGCAGGAUUUUUAUGGUGCUAUGAGCAUCCUGAAGAAGGUCGAGGAUCAUAUACCUGACAAGAAGAAGACAAUAACAGAUGUAAGGAGGGCUCUUAUACGUAAUCACUGUUCCCUAGAUCAUAUCCGCUUUAUUCUUGGUAAAGUGGGUGAGGUACUGGACUCCCCUAUACCAACCAGAAGUCUUAGGAGUGUCUUUCAAGAAAUAGCAAGAGAGGCUUCGCCAGAUAUUAGAACUGAUCACCUCAUAAGAAGAUCACAGAAUAUUCUCACACAUCUCACUGGUAUUCUCUACUACAGAGGUAAGGCAUUCACUGAGGAGAGGGCUCAAGAGUUAUUUCUGCUGCUUGAAGAGUCAGGGAUUCAAGAUACGGAGCAAUGGCUGGAUCUCUUGGAGCUGACCAAAUGUGAUGAAACACUAUGUAGACUGAUAGCUCAGCGAUUUCCUAUUGGAAAAAGUAUAAAGGUCACAGAUUCCCGGACAGUAGCGUAUACAUCAUUGCUACCUCACAUCAACAAGAAUAAAGUGAAUAUAUAUAUACACAUUGAAUGUGAACCUAAGCAAGUUCUACAUCUAGAGAAACUUCUACAUUGUGUCCAAGAGAAGCAAUGGAUGUUAAGAUUGGUUCUCCAUCAUGAGUUCAGGCAGCCGAAGCCUAGAGGAAGCAGCCUGGACGGGGCUCUGAAACAACUACGAUGUUCAAUGUUCAGGUUUCAAGGACAAAUGAGCCCGACGUUGUUGGAGACACUGCCCAGUGAACUACAAGACCUCCGCUUAUCAGUGGCUAACAGUGAUCAGUAUUUGGCUCUUUCCCUGUAUAUGUCAGCAGUGAAGAGUCGGCUUCCACAUUUGGCCAAUUUUAGAUUACAUAUUCCUGCACAUGUAGUGGACACGGAGUUACUUCAGCCACUACCGGAGGGUCUGAAGUUGGAGUUGAUAAUUAGCAAGGUUGACAGCGACACGAUAGAAUGGGCGUGUCGAGCUGCUUCUGCGCUUCAACCAAAGGAGAGCCAAUAUUGUUUUCUGUCCCUACUUGGUGUUGGCAAUAGCACACUGGUGUGCCACCGCCUGCUGGAGGCCCUCGUUCGCGACGGCGUGCAGAUGGCCAAGGAUGCGCUCCUUGUGGUUUCCCCAAAAUUGGCCACGCAAGACGCGAGUCAAAUGAGGAAGAGCUUCAUGGCUCGGCUCGGCUGUCGGUUCCGAUCCUGGAGAGAGGACACCAUCUGGACCUACUCCUAGCGCCGCCCCAGUUUACCCUCUGAGGUCGUGCUUCUUUUCUAACUGACACAUUCUUUCUGAGAAAAGAGGAAAACUUUCAUAUUUUCACACCAGAGAAAACUGAACUUUAAAGUGAGAUAUAAUAAAAGAUCCUUUGUCAAAUUAUGAGAAUUAAAGAGGUUCUCGAGUGGAAUCUUUAAAGUUUUCUGUGUAUUGAUCAGCCAUUUACAAACUAGUUUGUCUGGGACCUAAAGAGGACAGACCUUGGUAUAGAGAUAAAUAUGUACGGGUUUUGGGUUCUUUAUAAAUCAUUAGUGCACAUGGUACAGCAUUUGUCUUGUAUGACAUUUUAUUGAUACCACAAUAUAUCUUAAGUGUUUUCUUAACCCAAUGCCGACGGGCAUGACGUGUACGUGUAUGACAUGCCCACUGUGGUUUACUUGUUUAUUUAUUUAUUUAUUUUUUUUACAUAUAGAUGGCUACACCUGUACUAAGCCACCAAUGAGGCAAUUACGAGUACUGCCUGUCUCGCCCUUUACCCUUUUCUUUGAUUUACGAAAAUAUUUUACGUUAUCUCAUUUUACUGUUACUAAUAUUUAUAGCAUUAUAGUAAUUACAAUGGCCAUAAUAAAAACAAUACCAUGGAUAUUCAUAGCACUAGUAAAAUUUAAAUUUUUCCCGCCAAUUCAAGAAAAGGUGAAAUCAGGUAAGAUCUCAAGGUCUAUGUAAAUACCAGGAUCUUUUAGUUUCAUACAGGAUUUGCUAAUUUUGAGGAAACAAGUAAACAUUCAGAAUAUCGAAAAAAUAAUGUUUAUUCACAAUAAAUAUAGAGAUACAUGAAAAGUUCUAUAACCACCAAAUGUUCGCAAUUUUCAAAUCAGUUAUGCAUUAUCAAAUAAAAAUAAAACACUAUGUUCCUUUCCACUCAUGACCACUAAUUUCUGGUUCGAGUCGUAAUCUUGAAGCGGCCACGUGGAUUUGGAUGGUCAGUUUUCGUACAAGAUAUAAAAAAGCCUCCGUGCCUGGCCCUUGGCACGAGUAGGUUCUGCAGCAUGUCUGGCAAAAGUAUAAUAUUGUUCAUAUACAUUGCAAUAUCAAAAACAGAUUCCUCACAAAAAGAAAAGAAAACAAAAUUCCCAAAACUAGGAUAGGGAGAGAAUCUCACCUUACUGGUCGAGUAGAGUGAGGACCCCCAGUACCCACUACCCUACAACCAGGCUCAGGAUCGAACCUGGAUUCGAAUCUGGAUUCGACCACCGAAUCCGUAUCGAACCGCCACGUAUGCAAGCGAACAUAGUUUAAUAAUAGAUAAAAUAAUAACCGUAUCUCUUCACACGGCUCCCUCAACAAGUAUCUAUCCAACAGAUUGAUACAAACAAAAUAUAAUUCUUUAUAUGUUUUCCGUGAGAAACUAACGACGAUAGCUUUCAACAUGCGUUAAUAACAGACUACUAUAAUACUUAUUUACAAGAUAACCCAUAACUCUUUUUUCAAGAUACAAUUAUACACUAGUCAAGUAUUUCCUUUUCAUUGUCACAUUUAGACAAUACAUUUAAUAUACAGUAUGGCUUACCUAAACUUACAUAUUUAACUUUUAUUACCAAGUGAAGCACGCCCCAGUAUUUACGUACUAAAUACUACAGUCCAAGAGAUAUAAUGAUAAUUUCGAAAUUGGCGUUUCUCCCAACAGAUGCCUUUCAAAAGGUCGAGUUAAUUUCCGGAACGACUUAGAAGAUCCGCUCCAAGAUUAUCACGUCCUGCAACGUGAACCAACCGUAAACGAUAUGGUUGCAAACUUAAAGACCACCGUAAAAGUCUAUUGUUGGACACCUUGAAUUUAUCAAUAUAAAUUAAUGGCUUCUGGACUACUUCUAAGAUAAUUUCUUGACCCAUUAAAUCGGUUUAUACCGAAUAUUAAAGCCAAGCCUUCUUUCUCGAUGGUUGAAUACCUCCUCUCUCUGUCUAAUAGUUUUCGACUAGCGUAUGCUACAGGGAAUGGACGACCAUCUAUGUACUGUAGAAGAACGGCUCCAGGCCCAACAUCCGAUGAAUCUGUUCGUAAGACAAAAGGAAGCGAAGUAUUAGGUAUCUUUAAUAUGGGUUUGGAAGCUAAUGCCUUUUAUGCCGUUAAUUGACUCGUUUGUGGCUAAGCACUAGCAGAGCCAUCUAUGUGCAGAGACAUUUCAUAAAAAUUAUAAAAAAUGAGCUCAGCAUAUAUAUAUAUAAUGUCGUAGACACACGAAGGCGUUAUCACGUAAACAGCGCGAGGGCAAAGCGGAUGCUACAGCCGGGACGAGACAUCAAAAAUAGAAUAUUCGAGCGGACUCCAGACAAAAAAUAUGGUCAAGUCGACAAAACACAGAUGCAAAAAACAGAAACGCUCUAUGACUCAAAGUGGCGAGAUCAUUAUGUGAUAGAGGGUGACACCACCAACAGAAGCAAAAAAGAAAUCACGAGUGCGAAACAACAAGCAGUUUUAAUUGAUCGCAAUAAAGAUCAUAGUGAAUCAGUUUGGGAACAAGAAAUGAACUCGGGUGGCAGGUAGACAAAGUUUAAAGUGAUGAAUACAGUGUUGAAAAUUUGCUGAGACACAGGAAAGUCCUGAAACUAGUAUAUUUGAAAUCAGUGAAAAGAAAUUAUAUUAUAUUCAUGAUAACUGUUAAGGGUGUGGCCGGAAGGGCUUCCAUAUCGGGAAUAAAUAACGGUUAGUGACAGACAAACGGCGGAGCAGAUUUCGGAGCAGCAUCCAGUAGCCAUGUCACGUUUGUGGCACAUCUUGGUAAGCCCGGUUGAAGUAAUUUAGUGCCUUAUCUUGUGGGAACAUAGUGGACGGGAAUGUGCUAUGGAUAAUGUGGAUUAAGUAUAAUCAGGGAUUAUUUCUUGAUUUGUAUGUUGGCUAUAUAAUGGAUCAAUAAUUGUAUUUGAUUAAGUUAAUUUUGGAAGUAAGAAUUAUAUAAUGGAAUAAUUAUUGAUUUGAUUUCAAGAAUGAUAUACUUGAAUACAUAUAGAUUUGAAUUUUAAGUGUAAGGAUUUAUUGAGUUGAUUUAGAAGUAAGGCAUUAAUGAAUUACUUGUGUGAAUUAACAGUGAUGAAGAUUAUUAAUUUGGAGCGUAAUAAUAAUUUUGUGUUUGCAUAAUGUAUGUAUCAGUUAAGUACUUUCUAGGAUAAUUUUUUUGCUUGAUUACCGCUUAAUGAGAUUGAUUUAGUAUUAAGAUUGCCUGAUUAAGUAUAAUAUAUUUUCUGUCCAUUUUUGAAAUGUACUCAUUUAUUUUUUAUUGGAGAUAAUCUUAAGUUUAAGUUAGAAAUUGUGUAAGAACAUUAACUUAGUAUUUUAAAUUGCUUGGUAUAAGAAGUUCAUCUUGCUUAAAUGUAAUUUUCACUAAUUUUUGUAAUUCUAUUUGUUUACUAAUAAUUUGAUGAUUUCAAUCAUUGCAUGUGAAGAGAGGAAUUCUUUUACUUAUUGCUUAUAUCCAAUUUAAGCAUUGACAUUAUUUGCUCUAAUUUCAUAAUUAAUAACAGCUUGCUUAAAUUGACAUUAUGUAGUUGUUUGCAUGUUAACAUUUAGAGUAAAAUGGCAAGCUAAUUGUUAAAACUAAAAGAUGGAUAUUUAGUGUGGUAUAGUUAUUGUAUUGGAUUAUAAUGAACUUAGAUGUUGAAUUAUUGGCAUAUCAAUAUAUGUGAUUGGCUUUACAUUUUGGCUAUAUAAUAUUCUUUCAGUUAAUAAAUAAUGUAAAUUCUCUAAACAUUUGUGAACUUUCCCUCACACUUGUAUUAACUAAUCGAUACACGUUUGAAGAGUUAAAUCUGUGAGAAAAAUAUGACUAGUAUGAACUGCAAAGAUUAUAUCAGACACUGAGGAGAUAAUAUAAAAUAGUUGAUGCAAAAGAGGCAACAACAAUAAUAUAUGUACAUAUAUACAUACAUACAUAUAUAUUUAUAUAUAUAUAUUAUAUAUAUAUAUAUAUAUAUAUAUAUAUAUAUAUAUAUAUAUAUAUUAUAUAUAUAUAUAUGCAUUCAUAUAUAUAAAAUGUAUAUUGUCAUGUUUAGAAUUAACAUAGUCUAAACAAAUGUUUACAUGUGAAACAUCAUUGAACAAUAGGAAUAUGUCAUCAACAUAUCUUUUAUACAAUAGUGGUUUAAAAUGAGAUGGGCAGUCUGCUAUCCAUUUACCCCCCCCCCCACACACACACACGCACCCACAACGGACAUCGAGGAAUUCAAAUUUCCGUAAACUGUCGUCACGCCAACAUGACAGUCACAUACUCCACAUUCCAUCUUAUUUUGUUUGUGUUUAGUAUUUUCCCAAUAGUUUUAGUUAUAUAAUUUUGUGUUACCAUUGUAUCUUGCUUCUUAUUUUCGCUAUAGAUAUAUUUUAAUUAUUAAUGUACAUAGUUUUUUCAAAUGUAAUUCUCUCAUAUAUACAGAUUCUGAUGAUGGACACAGUUGUUGAUCUCCGAAAGCUUAAUAAAUGAAAAUGCACA